GUUAUCUCCUAUACCGUCCUCCCUCCACCUCCCAUCUCAGCAACCGCAUCAGUCGCAAGCCAAAACCCCGACGGGAUUGCGGAAGAGAAGGAGAAGCCGCUAUGGCGAUCUCCACCUGGAGCGCGCGCCUCCUCCUCCUCCCUGUUUCCUCCCGCGCCAUCCCGACCCUUAUCCCAAACCCAAGCCGGCUCCCCUCCUGCCGCCGCCUCCACGCGCUCCGCCUCGGCCGCCCCCGCCCACCCCGGGCCUACAUCUCCGCGCCGGCGCCGGGGCCGGAGGCCGCCUACGCGCCACCCUCCCUCGACGCCGCAGCGGCGGCGGCCGACGUCGCCGCCGCGAUCUGCUCCUCCUCCGACGCCGUCACCUGGGCCGGCGUCUGGGCCCUGCUCUCGCAGCACAAGGCCCGCAUCGUGGUCUCGCUCGCCGCGCUCCUCGCCUGCACCACCUGCACCCUCUCGAUGCCGCUCUUCUCAGGGAGGUUCUUCGAGACGCUGAUAGGGAGGGGGAACGAGCCCCUGUGGAGGCUCCUAUCGAAAAUCGCGGUGCUAUACACGCUGGAGCCCAUCUUCACAAUCAUAUUUGUGAUCAACAUGACUGUCAUCUGGGAGAAGGUUAUGGCCAGGCUGCGGAGCCAGAUAUUUCGAAGGAUUCUGAUCCAAAAGAUGGUGUUUUUUGAUCGUCAUAAGGUUGGUGAGUUGACCGGUUUGUUGACAUCUGAUUUGGGUUCCUUGAAGAGUGUUGUAAGUGAUAACAUAUCAAGAGAUCGUGGGCUAAGGGCACUCUCUGAGAUCACUGGUACACUUUGUAUACUUUUCACACUAUCUACUGAGCUAGCUCCUGUUCUAGGGCUUCUAAUGGUCUCCGUUUCCAUGCUAGUUGCUCUUUUCAAGAGAUCUACUGUUCCCACUUUUAAAUCUUAUGGAAUUGUGCAAGCACGCAUAUCAGACUGCGCAUCAGAGACAUUUUCAGCUAUUCGUACUGUUCGGUCCUUUGGCGGUGAAAAACGACAAAUUUCUUUGUUUGACAAUUUGGUACGUGUUUACCAAAAUAGUGGUACGAAACUAGGAGUGCUGAAAUCUGCUAAUGAAUCAUUAACACGAGUAGUGGUUUAUGUUUCCCUUAUGGCGCUUUAUGUUCUUGGUGGAAGCAAGGUCAAUGCGGGCAAAUUGUCUGUUGGAACAAUGGCAUCUUUUAUUGGUUACACGUUCACGUUAACCUUCGCUGUUCAAGGAGCUGUUAAUACCCUUGGUGAUCUACGCGGAGCGUUCGCUUCUAUAGAGAGAAUAAAUUCUAUUCUGUCGGCAAAGGACAUUGAUGAUUCACUUGCAUAUGGUUUAGCCAAAGAACUUGACAGCAAAGAGCUUGAAGAUUCCAAUGGUGGAGUGUAUGAAAAUGGCCCUAUUAAUAAACAUUUCAUGUCAGCAUUGAAAUCUUCCAGUAGCUGUAGUAAUCUAGCCUGGUCUGGUGACAUUCAUCUGAAAGACGUCCACUUCUCUUACCCACUGAGAUCUGAUGUGGAGAUCUUAAACGGCCUUGAUCUUACAAUUGACUGUGGACAAGUCACAGCUCUUGUAGGGUCUAGUGGUGCUGGGAAAAGCACAGUGGUGCAACUUUUAGCACGGUACUACGAGCCAACUCAAGGUUGCAUCACCGUGGCAGGGGAAGACAUCCGCGUAUUUGACAAAAGAGAAUGGUCUCGAGUAGUAUCUCUAGUGAAUCAGGACCCAGUCCUAUUCUCCGUAUCUGUUGGAGAAAAUAUUGCUUACGGUCUCCCAGAUGACGUUGUCUCCAAGGAUGAUAUAAUAAAAGCUGCUAAAGCUGCCAAUGCUCACGAAUUCAUCAUCUCUCUUCCACAGGGGUAUGACACUCUUGUUGGUGAACGAGGUGAUCUCCUAAGUGGGGGACAAAGACAGAGAAUUGCAAUUGCACGAGCCCUUCUGAAAAAUGCUCCUAUUCUAAUACUUGACGAGGCUACCAGUGCACUGGACGCAACAAGCGAACGGCUCGUGCAGGAGGCUCUCAAUCACUUGAUGAAGGGAAGGACAUCUCUGGUGAUUGCACACAGGUUGAGCACUGUGCAGAAUGCGCAUCGAAUUGCUGUUUGCUCGGAGGGCAAGAUAACUGAACUGGGGACACACACCGAGCUGGUUGCCAAGGGAGGCAGUUACGCAUCACUUGUCGGGACACAGAGGCUUGCGUUCGAGUAAGACUCUGCUAACUUAGCAACAGUGCUAUCGCACUAAAGUGUGUUACUGGUACCCUUGAUUGCAGAAAGAUGAGUUUGUAACAUCCUAAAAUCUCAGCAAUGUUGAAAUUAAAAAAAUGAUUUAAAGGAAAUCAAAUCCAAAUAAAAUU